AUGGGCUGUGGUAGGAAGGAAGUCGCUCUAUUAGGACAGCAACAGAGUUCACAAGAGCUGUGUCGUCAUAAAAUCGCACCGCUGUCAAUUAAUGAUUACAGAUUGGGCGCUAUGAUGAUGUGGCAUCCGAUCGAUGAUCACAAGUCUGUAGAGAUGGCAUCGUUUCUGCAAUACGCAGCUGGUAGCCUUUUAUGGGCAAAUGCUACAGAUGGAACUACGAAGGACCGCGGUGGCUGCGACUUGACACUAAAAACUUCAGCGAUGUGUUUUUUAUUCGAAGAAUGUUAG